GGGUGGCCGAGCCUGGCGUGCCCAAGCUGCGGAGCGGGGCGCCAGCCAGCGGGCAGCGCCUGGGCACCGGCUGCCCUGCAGAUGGCACGGGGCUGGCAGGGGCUGCUGGCCAUGGCGGUUUCUCUGCCAGGAAGAGGUGGGGACGCGCCGUUUCCUCUCCCGGGAGGCCACCGCAGCCCCCAGCCGCUGGCACCCGUGGGGUGGCAGUGGGGCGGGGGGUGGCACGCUUGGUCCCGCGCCCUGUGGGGGAAAGCACCAAGCGAGCCGGUGGCCGCCGUGUUUCACUUCCACGCCGGGUCGCCCACGCAGGGCCCCGGGCGAGGAGGAGGAGGAGGAGGAGGAGGAGAAGGAGCGGAGGAGGAGCCGUGGGCUGCAGCCACCCUCCCCGCCUUGCACCCCAGGAGCCAUUUGGCCCCGGUGACCAGCUCUCGGCGGCGGCAGCAGCCCCGGCUCCGGCCGGCUCGCCCAGGGAGCAGCCUGGAGCCCCAGGAGCACAGCAUGGAGCCGCCGGCCGCGCCGCCGGAGGAGGAGGAGGAGGAGGAGAUGCCCCUCACCGCGGCGCCCGGCCCGGCGGGUUGCCAGCUCUUCGGUUACGUGGGAAUCGAAGCCGUGCUCGACCAGAUGAAAAUCAAAACCAUGAAGAUGGGCUUCGAGUUCAACAUCAUGGUUGUGGGGCAGAGCGGGCUGGGGAAAUCAACGAUGGUGAACACCCUCUUCAAGUCCAAGGUGAGCCGCAAAGCCUCGCAGCCCGGCCAGGAGGAACGCAUCCCCAAGACGGUGCAGCUGCAGUCCGUCACCCAUGUCAUCGAGGAGAAGGGUGUGAAGAUGAAGCUGACGGUGACGGACACGCCGGGGUUCGGGGACCAGAUCAACAACGAGAACUGCUGGGAUCCCAUCAUCAAAUACAUCAACGAGCAGUACGAGAGGUACCUGCGUGAGGAGAUCCUCAUCACCCGCAAGAGGAAGAUCCCGGACACCCGCGUCCAUGUAUGCGUCUACUUCAUCCCCCCCACGGGUCACUGGCUGCGUCCGCUGGACCUGGAGUUCAUGCGGCGGCUCAGCAAGAUCGUCAACGUGGUGCCGGUGAUCGCCAAAGCCGACUCCCUCACCCUGGAGGAACGGACAGAGUUCAAGCAACGGAUCCAGGGGGACCUGAAGGCCCACGCCAUCAGCGUGUACCCGCAGGAGGACUUCGACCAGGACCCAGAUGACAGGGCACUGAACGACAGGAUUCGGGAGAAGAUCCCCUUCGCCGUGGUGGGGGCGGACCAGGAGCACCAGGUGAACGGCAAGCGGGUGCUGGGCCGCAAGACCAAGUGGGGCAUCAUCGAAGGUGAGCGGAGCCCCUUGCGCCCCCAGGAACAGGGCGAGGGUCCAACGGGGGGUGCGGGGAGCAGCACCCACGGGUGCAUCCCUGCCCGCGUGGGUGCUGAGGCGGGGGAGGGGUGCGGCGUGAAGCGGUGCCGGUGCUCCGGUGGUGCCGGGACGUGCUCCCCGAGCAUCCCGCUGCCCCGCUCUGCCUUGCUUUGCAGUGGAGAACCCGGCGCACUGCGAGUUCGCCCUCCUGCGGGACCUGCUGAUCCGGUCCCACCUGCAGGACCUGAAGGACAUCACCCACAACGUCCAUUACGAGAGCUACCGCGUGCGGCGGCUGAACGAGAGCAACGGGCCGGCGCUGAGCCCCCCCAACGGGCUGCCCGGCAAGGGCGAGGGUGGCAGUGACCUCUGAGCUGCC